AUGCAAGUCCAAGUUAAAAACAAAGACGUUGAUCCAAAGUCUGGGUUGAGCGCCAAAAGACGCAGACGGAGCUACUGGGCAAAGAUCAAGAAUUGCGGCCCCUUGCAUCAACUGUCUCAUGUUCGCAAUGGUUGCUUUGAGGUGGAGCGAGGUGUUUCAAACGUCAUUAAAGGGUGUAUGCCAAAGUGGUCUUUUUAUUGA